AUGGCGGAUAAUGAAGUCAUCAAACGCUCGAAAAGAAAGCACGUUAGACAACCACCAGCAGUUCCGUUUCUCUGGGAGGAAAGUCCAGGAGUAGCCAAAAAGCACUGGAGACCUGUGAUUUAUUCAGUUACUACCCUAGCUCUACCAUCUCCAGAAAAGCUCGUUGCCUCGGCUCCUUUCAGCUGGGAGGAAAAGCCUCGAAAGCCUAUACCUGGUUUCUCACAGCCACCAAUGGAGUCUGCUCUUACAACCUGGCAAGACUCUCAACAGCAUGAUGAUUACAAUUUUGACAACGCGGGGACUGAUGGCAGCGACCACCACAUAGACAAAGAAGUAACAUUUGACUCGGAUCUUGAAUCUUUCAGUUUUGAAACUGACUAUUCAUUCAGCUCUCUACCCUCUCUCCUGGCAAAUUGCUUGGUGUUGUCAUCAGCAGUUUCUACCGCAGUUCCAGUGCUAAAAACUUCCUCAAACAAUGAUAUCAAUGACCAGUUAGAAAGCUCUUCCUCACCUGCUUCUGAAAUAGACAGCAGAAGCAGUUAUGAAACUGGAAUUUCAAGCCUUACUAGGGCUUCUUUCUUGGACUGUUUUUCUCCAUUAUAUACCCCAAAUUCUGCCUUUCUUGGGAAGGAAGAAUACUCCAAACACGGCUCCAACCCUUCCCUAGAACUAAAUAAUAUCCAUUUUCAUCAUGAAAGUGACAGUAAUACAGUAGCAAAGAGGACAGCAACACUUGGAGAAUUGAUAACGAUGAGCCGGAGGAGUAGACGAAGAAAAGCUGUUCAAAUGGGAACACAGAAUCUAUCAAUGGAAUUCAAAAAUGGGAAAGCUUUUAGCUGCUAUCUCUUUGGUGCUGGCAUCAAUAUGAUUGGAGUAUUGCAGAGGAAGAUGGAUCAUCCAAAACUGAAACUGACAUAG